ACACGCACCAUGUCGGUGUUCAAUACCAAUUGUUCGCUGCCUGAUCCAGGCUCAAACUUCGUCGAAAGUCCUAAUGUUCGAGGUACUCUUGACAUUCUAUGGAGCUGUCUGAGUGUGCUUCUUCUGUGCACUUGGUCGAUUCAGCAUUUGAAGAUUCCACACCAAUGUCGUCCUCGGAGUAUACGUCAGCAAACCAACAAGUUCGUGGUUCAGCUAGGUAGCAAGGUGCGAUGGAUGUUGGUUACUCUUAUUGCGCCAGAGUUGUUGUGCGGUGUAGCUGCUGAAGAGUGGUUGACCGCUUGCAAGACUGCCAGAUUCAUUGCUGAAAGAGCAAAAGACGAUGGAAUUGAUUGGACAUCAAGUCAUGGUUUCUUCGCGCAGAUGGAAGGGUUCCGACUACGUUUUCGCAACCUUGAAUCUCAGGAAUCUCAGGAACAUCAGAGGACAUCCAUCGUCGCAAAGGAACCGUCACUGGAGAAGCACAGUAUCGCAGCACCCUCUCAGGAGCCUUUACUUGACGUUCAAAAUGGGGCACUCAUCGAGCGAAUGAUAUGCCAACACCAGAACGAUCCCAGGGCAGGCGAUGUUGCGCUGACCGCCAUUAGAAUGACUACUGAUAUAUGGACUCUGAGCCUCGAACAGAUCCAGCUUGCUCGAAAGUAUGGGAUCAUAGAGACCUUUCCCGAUAUGGGAAAAGAGGAUCUGGAUGCAAUCAGCAAUAGUGAUGGCCUGGCCAAAGCACUGGCUGUGUGUCAAGUCCUUUGGCUCAUCAUCCAAAUGAUAUCGCGCGCUGCAUCAUCUCUCGCUGUCUGCCAGUUGGAGGUUGCAACUGGAGCUUUCGCAAUCACCACAUUUCUAACCUACAUGUUUUUGUGGCAGAAGCCGCAAGGCGUCUCGAGACCAAUUUACUUGGAGGCCGUGCGGAGACCCACAGUCGCUGAGGCGUGGGAGCUGGCGCAAUGCGGUCUAGAAGAGACGAGCUCACUUCUCUAUCGUGCCAGAAGCUGGAGGCAGUCUCGCGAGCAUCUGAAAGCUAGAGCCUUCUCCAAUACAAUCAUGCUGAUUUGUGCGACAGCCCUUGGAGCGGUGCAUUGUGCUGCGUGGAACUUCGAAUUUCCUAGCAGAGUUGAAAUGUGGGCAUGGAGAGGUUGCGCGUUGGGCUCUACAAUCAUACCGCUUUUCCUGCUGUUGUGGCAUGAGCUAUAUCUGCGCUUCGCCUUUACGAAGCAUAUGGUAUUCUCGAUUGUCAUCCUAGUUGGGUUCAUGCUGUACGGGUUUACCAGGUUGUUUAUCAUGGUUGAGAUGAUUCGCUGCUUGUUUUUUCUGCCAGUGGAGGCGUUUGUAACGACAUGGACGAUAAAUUUGCCGGGCAUCUCAUGA